AUGGAAGCGGACUGGGACGAGCUAGCAAUCGUUCAACUGCCGCCCCCAGGACCCCAUCUCCCUGCCGUGCCUAUAUCCACAUUCGCUUUUGACACAACCCAGGAAUUGCUAUGGACAGGCAACAACCAUGGACGGGUCACGUCCUUUUAUGGACCUCACCUCGAACGAUAUACCUCUUACCGUGGACACGCGCCUCCCGACGGCCCGGUUAAGCAAUUUCUCUUCACUGACAAGGGCAUCCUCUCCGUCUCCCAGCAAAGCGUCCACUACUCCCACCGGCGCGGCCUCACACAUUGGCAUCUGACAAGCCCCGACUUCAAAGAUCUAAGAUGCAUGAACUUUACCUCCAAGGGCACGCGCGAGAUCCUCGUCGCAGGAUGUCAGGAACACAUGUUCAAGGUAGACGUGGACAAGGGCGUCAUUACGGAUACUCUGCCAGCUGAAGCUCAGUAUACAAUCAUGAAGCGCGCCGGCCAGUACCUCUGCGCUGCGACCAAGAAUGGCGGCAUUCACAUUAUCGAUUCCAACUCGCUAUCCGUCAUCAAGGUUUUCGAGGGUCACACCAGCAGCAUCAGUGACAUGGACGCAAAGGGGGAUUUUCUCGCAACAUGUGGCUGGUCGCCUAGGCAGCAAUUCGCCUUUAUGCUCGAUCCCUUUACAAACGUCUUUUCGCUCAAGACGCUGAAGCAACUGCCCCCGAUUCCUUUCCACACGGGCGCAGCCUUUGUCCGGAUGCAUCCUCGCAUGUCGACCACGGCAUUCAUCGCAUCGCAAAACGGCCAGAUGCAGGUUAUCGACCUGAUGAAUCCAGACUCGGCAAAUCUUCGCCAGCUCAAUCUUUAUGAAUCCUAUCUAACUGGCUUUGAGAUGGCCCCCUCGGGCGAGGCUAUUGCACUGGCAGAUUCCAACUCCCACAUCCAUCUAUGGGGUUCCCCGUCCAAGGUUCAUUUUCCAGAAUACAGCAACCCAACAGAGACUGCGGACCAUAAUGUCCCACCGCCCCCAGCCAUGGAUUGGAAUCCAGACACGCCGUUGAAUACUGUGGGUAUGCCCUACUACAAAGAACAGCUUCUCUCGAGCUGGCCUAGUCAUCUGGUAUUCGAAGUCGGCUCCCCUGCCCCCAAGAUUGAUAGCGCAAUCCUCAACAAUAUGACGCGUGCUGAAAUUGGUUUCUUUGCGAAAAAUCCUAAAACCAAGCGUAGGAACCAGGCCGAGGCGACUCGACAUGCGGACAAAGUGAGCGAAUCGUUGUCGGCGCCCAAGUUUUUGAGCGAAAAGACGCGCGCCUCGCAAUCCUUGUCGGAAACCGACUCGAAAUCAUCAGAGACAAUGGAGAAACUGACCGACCUACACCUCGAUGACGUCACCCGACGAGAUGUUCCUGCAAUGUACGGAAACGUGGAGAUCAAAUACAGCAAGUUCGGCGUAGACGACUUUGACUUUGCGUACUAUAAUCAAACGUCUUACUCAGGCUUGGAAACACACAUUACAAACUCCUACGCCAAUUCACUCUUGCAGCUCCUCCGCUUUACACCGUUGAUUCGCAAUCUGGCGCUGCAGCAUACUGCGUCGCCAUGUCUUUUCGAGUCGUGUCUUCUUUGCGAGUUAGGCUUCUUGAUAGACAUGCUCGAAAAAGCAUCAGGGUUAAAUUGUCAAGCUUCCAACUUUUUGAAGACAUUCAGUGGACUCUCAAACGCAGUCUCACUGAAUCUACUCGAAGAAUUCGCCCCAAAUGUAGCACUCACAAACAUGAUUCAGAACUUGAAUCGAUUCUUGCUUGAGAAGAUAUCAGACGAGUUUAGACAAAUGCUGCCCAGCCAGCCCGGCCCAUCGGCCAUGGACCAAGUCUUGGAAACACAGGCCAGGGCAAGCAUGAGGUGUGCCCAAUGCACCAACGAGACCAUUCGUGGAGGUAAGAACUUUGUCAAUGAACUCGUGUAUCCGGCAAAGCACGUCAUGAAGAACACGCGCAUACCACGUCCUACAUUCUCGCAGAUCCUAAAGGCUAGUGUCGAACGACAAGAUCAGACUAGAGGCUGGUGUACAAAAUGCAAUCGCUACCAGCAAAUGAUACAGAGGAAGACUAUACAGUCGGUUCCUGGCGUACUCAUGCUGAAUGCGGCCAUCCAGAGCCACGACGCUAAGCUGUUGUGGUCGAUACCGAAUUGGUUGCCGCAAGAGAUUGGAAUCAUAGUAGAUCAGGGCCAAUUCUUCUGCUUUGAAGGCCAGGACUUGAAGCUGCACCUGCAACGCGGAGUCCAUCAGAUUAUGGUGUACGAGCUCGUUGGUGUGGUUGCCGACAUCAACAGUGGAGAGCACCAAAAGCCACACUUGGUGGCGACCAUCAAUACAGCACCGUCGUCACGGGAAGAUGAUCCAGAAGAUAGAUGGCAUCUCUUCAACGAUUUCUUAGUACGGCCAAUACCAAAGGAAGAGGCUUUGCGGUUCGAACCAAGCUGGAAGCUGCCGUCUGUCUUGACGUUUCAACUCAAGUCUGCUCGUAACAAGAUUGACGACUCGUGGAAAGACACUCUGGACACGUCGAUACUGUACAGAUGGUGGUCAUCAAACCCAACACCUCCAGAGACCAAGUUCAAACUUCUUGAUCACGCGACAGAAGCACCUCGUCCGGGCUAUCCCGUUGCCAUCGAUGCCGAGUUCAUCCGCCUUCAAGCCGAGGAGAUUGAGAUGAAGGCCGAUGGCACAAGACAAACUAUUCGUCCUGACCGCAAAGGGCUUGCUCGCGUUUCUGUUUGUCGUGGUGAAGGCGAGCAUGCAGGCCUUCCCUUUAUUGACGACUACAUCGCCGUGACGGAGCAAGUCGUCGACUAUCUCACCGAAUGGUCCGGCAUUUCCCCGGGUGACCUCAACCGCGAAACCUCACCCUACGCACCGGUGUCACUAAAGCACGCAUACAAGAAACUCUGGCUCCUACUCAACCUCGGCUGCGUCUUCGUCGGCCACUCGCUCGCCAACGACUUCCGCACCAUCAACAUCCACGUCCCGAAGAACCAAGUUGUCGACACAAGCAACCUCUGGUUCAAGCCAGAUUUCAAACGCAAACUCAACCUCAAAUUCCUCGCCUGGUGCGUCCUCAAAGAAAGUAUUCAGGAGAAUACGCACGAUUCGAUUGAAGAUGCGACCACGGCUCUCAAGCUCUGGCGCAAGUGGCAGGAAUUCGAUGACGCGGGUGUCCUGGAGCAGAUCCUUAAUGAUGUUUAUGCCAAAGGUAGUCUUGUGGGAUUUAAGGCUCCGGGGAGUGGCGGGAAGGCCGUGGGUGGUAGGAAUCCGCCUACUACUGGUGGUGGUGGUGGUGGUACUGGUGGUGGUGCUGUGGGUGGUGAGGUGCCUGAGCCGUUGACUACGCCGAAGAAGGGGGGUAGUCAGUUUGGGAGUGUAGGUUUUAGGAGUCCGUUGAGGAGGUAAGCGUGGUUAUGUGUUUUAUUUAAAAGGGGCAGAAAACAUUAUAUCAUUUUCUUAGUAAAUCAGUGUGCUUGAAUUGACUAUCUCCAUGA